AAACAUAAUACUCGUUGCUUUCCCCUAACCCAAUGAUUGCUAAUGAUGUUGCUACGAAAAACACUGAUAACAAUAUGUUUAUUAUACAGCUUCCCGUUGUGUUUUUCAUUAUCAUCAAUCUUGUAUGAAACUGGAUAUAUACAAGAAUACUCAUCAUUUAGAAAUGUUUUGCCGUACAUGUUCUCUGUACCUCAAGAUGCCAAGAAUGCUAAAAUAACAUUCCGUUCAAGUCAUGUUCCAGAUAGUUGUGAUACCAGGAAAGUACAAAUACAAUUACAGUAUGGUAGUCUUCCAUUAGGUAAAAAUGAAACAUUUCCAGUAAACUAUUACCUGGAUAGAGGUGACGUACAGGAGGUUAAUAUUCAGAGUAAUAAUAAGACAACACAUGUAGAUCUGACACGCCCACUUCCUGGUGAUUGGUUUGCUAUUGCGUAUAUCCCUGAUAAAGAUACUAAACUAAGACCAAAGGGUUUGUUUGCAACUUGUUAUUACAGAUUGAAUGUAGAAUUGACUUCAACAGUUCUUAGCAACAUAGACAGUAUACAUUUAUACCAUAACUAUCAAGUUAUAAUCUCUAAACCAGUCAUAUAUAGGUUUAACAUUUUAGAAACUACUUCAGCCUACCAUGUACUGGUUUCUGGUUGUACCAAUGCUACAGGUAGUCCAGUGAGCUGCUUAGUUGAUGUGAUAACUAGAGGUCAAGGGGUACCAGAUUUACAUCACUAUGACAACAGAUAUAUGUGUAAUGAUACAGAUCAAUGUAUUAUCACUGUUCCCGUAUUAUACCAGUAUGGUCAUCAGUAUGUCAUGUUUACAUCCUCUGAUGAUAUUACAUUCACAUUUAAUAUAUCAACCUCUAGGUGUGAAUCACAAGACCUGACCUCGGGUAUGUUGAAUGAUUCCUGUAUCAUGUACCCUCUAAUGGAUAGACAAGAGUACCAAACAGUCUUUAAAACAAAGUACAUGUACAUUAGAAAUGGUACAAUAGUAGACAAACCUUAUAUUUUGUCAGAGAAUUCCACGUUAAUUGUUCCAUAUGAAAUCAAAAGUGGAAUAGAUAAUGGUGGAUCUGUUGUCUUAAAAGUCAUCGUCUUAGCUGAUCCAAACGUAAAAGACACAGAUGUUAAAAUCUUGGUAAGAGCAUGUCUUCAUAGGACGAUGCCAGAAAGAUCAGUGAAUAGUGACUGUCCACCCAGUGCAGCCCAGCUGUCAGUCAACACCAGUACAUCUGUUGUGUUACAAGAUAGUGUCAUUGUUCCAUACCCUAAAGCAGGCACAUGGUUCACAACACUGUCUAUGUCAUGUUUUAUUUCUGACACUAAUACAAGCGUAAUAGCUGUGUCAUGUGGAAACAGAACAGCCAAUGUAUCAUUAGACAUACAAUCUGAUAGAUGUGUAGAAGGCAGAUGUAAUGACAAAGGCAGUUGUGCUGUCUACUUACAAGGGAGGCUACUGGUAUCAACGUGUGUUUGUCAAGGAGGUUGGUCUGGUUAUGCCUGUAAUGAUGGAUCUGACCUAAUACCAGGACAUGAACAGCUAACAGAGUUAAUACUACUGACAGUCAGUCAUGUGAUGUUUAUACCAGCUGUUAUUCUGGCCCUUUACAGAACACAUUACGUUGAAGCAUUUGUAUACUUCUAUACAAUGUUCUUUUCUGCAUUUUACCAUGCCUGUGAUGGAGGUAGAUCAGAUGAGUACAAGUAUUGUAUAAUAAAUCUUGGUGUCCUCAGUUUCUGCGAUUUCCUGGGAUCAGUGACAUCUAUAUGGGUGACACUGAUAGCCUUGACAAAACUACCUCGUACCAUUAGGAGUGUGUUAUAUACAGCUGGACCAUUACUUAUAGCCAUGGGUAUAGAGUUAGAAAGGACCAGUCUGUACAUGUUUGUAGUACCAGGGGCAUUAGGAGCUCUUCUUAUAGCUAUAUCAUGGGCCAGAAAAUGUUAUGGAAGGCAUAAAUGCUACCCACCAUGCAAGCGAUAUCUAUUAUGCUUGUUGCCAGGACUACUGUUAGCUGGAGGUGGUCUAUGUAUAUUUGCAUUUGCUGAGAACAAUCAAAAUUACAAAUACACACAUAGUGUAUGGCAUAUGUUAAUGGCUACUUGCACCAUGUUUUUAUUACCACCUAAACCCAAGAAAAAAGGAAAAUAUGACAUUGAUGACGAAAAAAAUGCAUUCAAAUCUAUGAAUCACUAUUUGGAUCAAACGAAGGAGGGAGACAAUGUUUGAGCAGCUGUUUAGCAGAUGAUCCCAAUUCUACACCUCUCACUAGCUUCAGAGACACAGAAUCUCUAGAAAAUCUUAUUAUAUGAUUAUUUGUCUUUUACAACAAAACCAUAGAUGUAACCAAUUCUCAGUUCAGAUGAAUUUUAAUUAGAUAGAUCUGUUUGAACAAUUUACUUGUUGCUAAUCAAAACUGCUCGGAUAAAACUACUUGUAGUAAUUGACCUUUAAUUGAUCUGAGUUAUGAUUUACUUGAUUUCAAACUUAGCAUUUUUGGUUUUGACAUUGGGUGACUGUAAUUCAGAAAUUUUUGCAUGCAUAAAUUUAUUGUGAUUGUUGGAAAAUUGACAAAAAUGCCAGAUGAAUUAUCGUGAUUUUAAGAAAUUCUAUAUGCAAAAAAUGCUAUAAAUUUUAGAAUGUGAUUUUUUUUACAUUAUUGCAAAAUCUCCCCUGUUGCUGUAAUAACAAAAACAUUGCAAAUUUCUGAAUAUACAAUAUUUUGAUAAAAGGUAUUGAUGGAAGUAAUUAGAAUACCAUCUACAAAUUGUAAGAAAGUUGACAAGAAACACUUGUGUGGUUUAUAUGAUACUUAUAUCUUUAACAAUAAUGCACUUAGUGGUAUAUGUACUUAAAAUGAGGAUGGUCUGUAGAUCAUUUAAUGGAUGUCUAGCAAAUUGUUAUUCAUCAAAUCAAACAGUCUGAAUAUUGUCAAUACAUGUAUUUAUGUCACAGAGUUCAAACUGCUUCAGAAUCAUUGGGAAGUGACUUCUCUUUUUAGGGGAAGUGAUGACACUAAUAAGAUAAACGCUCCUUCCAUCACAUCACAACAGCGUUUUGGACUCAUGAAAUUUAUAACAUGUUGUUUUCAUUUUUUAAAGGGUUUGAUUUUUUGGGAAUUGAUAUUUCUUGCCAUAUGUAUCCUUUAUGUAUUCUUUUUCAUUUUAAUAUGUAUCAAUUAAACAAAUUUAAGUAACUUGAAUCAAUUUUUAAAGAAGCAUUAAAUUUAUUUUGUCAAAAUUUUGAAUCUUUGGUGGUCACAUCACUUACAAGUGCAGGUUGUUCAUUGAUUUGUGUGCACAAAAAGGUGUUCCUUUGAAAAAAAAUCUACCGAUCUUCAGUCAAUCCUUUCACAAGUCUAAGUAUCCUAGAUCUGAUUUUAUGAAGUUGAUCUGAAUAUUCUAGUCUUUUAUAAUGAUUUAUUUUUAUAGUUUUUUCAUCAAAUAGUUCAUGUUAUACAUUGUGCAAUUUCAAUCUGAAGUAAUGAUGAAUCUAAAUCUCCAUGUAGUUUUAUAACUUGUUUUUUUUUAGAUACCAAGAACAAUUAAAUUUUAGAUUUUAUUUUAUAAUAUUCUAUAUAUUCUACACAUAUACAAUAUUUUUAGUCUUGCAACAAGUACAAUUUCAGCUUUUAUUUUAAGAUUUAUUAGAAAGCACUCUAGAUUUGUCAAGUGAGUAGAGUUAUGAGAGUUAUUUGUAAAAAUUAUCCAGUAUCCAUUUGGUUAUGAAAUCCAAUCAACAUCAGAAAAUUCUAAAGCCAGAGUAUGAAUUUUGUACAAGACACUUUUUUAUUGUGAUGGGGCUAGCUGAGCACCUUAAUUUCUCUACUCAGAAGAAAAAUAUCUAUCAUCCAGAACAUAUGAAUUUCAGAGGAUUGGAAUUCCAUCAGAAAGUUUAUAUAAAUCCUUCGUCUUUACAUUUAUUAAAAUAUUGAAUAUGGUUAAAUAUUGCAUUCCAUGUAUUUUACAUUUCCAGGGGGCAUGAAAAUUUAGAGGCAUUCAUUUGUUGAACUCAACUUUUAUAAUACAAUUUGUAUUUGUUAUUUAUUAUAUUUACACAAAUUAAAUGCAGUCCAUAAACAUGAAACAUGAUAAAUUUAAGUAAUUUUAUAAGUGUUGGCUAAUUUUUGUCCAUCUAUUUUAUAUUUUAAGACUUAAUUUGUAGUUUUUGUGGGAAAUGACAAAUUUCCUGGAUGUAUAGGAAUGUUAUGGUUGCACAUUUUAUGCAUCAAUACUAAUAAUUACUUUUUUGUUAUUGAAUACUUUUAAUUUGAAAUCUAACAAUACAAAUAAGGUAAUGAAAUAACUGUCCCUGUCUGAUUGGGAUAUACUUAUAGUUGGCAUUGGUCUUGCACUUUUUGAAUGUAAGUACUCCUAGUAUGGUACUCUCAUAUUAUUAUUUGUAUAUGUCUUAUGUAGUUGUUAUUUUAUCCCAAUAUUCUUAUAAAAUGCAUUUUUUACAAUAUUCAUAAAUAUCACACUUUUAUUGAAAAAGACAUAAUAGCAUAGAACAAAUCUCAGUAGUAUUUUCUUAUUUUGGUAGAAUCACUAGAUAAAAGGAUUACCGUAUAGUAUAUAUAGAUAAUAUUUUUUGAUUCAAUUUAUUUGUUUAUUCAUAAGAAGUUUUUUGUAUGGUGAUGUUAUAAAUUAUUUUGUCUUCCCAUUUGUAUUAGUUAAUUUUUAAAGGAGAUAUAAGGUAAUUUUUAAUGUGCAUGGCAAGGAGGAUGCCAUUUUUCGUAUUUUCCCGACAUCACACUGUAAAAUGUACUUUUUAAUCAUUGUUUAUUGUUGUUAUUUAUUGUUGACAUAAUUGUUGUGUAUGAUAUUUAAUAUAUUGCACUGUUCAUGAACUAAUAAAUAGUUAAACUGAUAAAA